AUGUACGCUUUAUACAAGGAGCUCGACAGCCUUCAGUUAACCAAGAACCAAAUCUAUCACCGCGUCGGGAUGAUUCUACAGCAUCGCUUUGGUAGAUACCCUUCGGGCUAUUGCUACGCGGCAGCUCAGUACUGGAUGAUGCGGCCCGAUAUUAACAAUAACGAGCUUUCUUAUGUGCAAAUUGAAAGGACCAUCAGACAACAAUUCCUUCGCUUUCCUAUACCGCACAGGAUUCCCGGGGUAUACGCAAGGAUGCAGUAUUUCCCUGAAGUCUUCAGAGUUCUCGACGAUGCAGAAGCGGUGAUGGAAGCCUACUCGACCGAGGCCUGGAGGAACACGCGUGCCUUUCAGGAACUAGGCUACCUACGCCCUCGCGACGAAUCACAGGCUAUUGUACUCACAAUGGAGGAGAAGACGAGGUUCCUAGACUCUGUGCUUCAAUAUGAGUACUAUUGUCACAUGUUCUUCUAUCGCGACGAGAUCUUGUUCAACCUGAACUCUCUUCUUCGCCUGGAAUCCUUGAGGAACGACAACGGGCAUUACUUCAACGCGGACGAUUAUAUCAGAUUCUACAGUAUCGUGGAAUUCAUAAGCGCAUUUUAUAGAGAUAUUUUCUUCACUCUGAAACACUAUAUAUCCUCUAAUCCGUCAACCAACGAGGAUCACCUUGUCAGGCACUUUCGUACAGCAGGCAACGCAGAGGAUACACGAUUCCUACAAAUUCUCCUUUGUCAGGGCACAAGGUUGUUCGUCAAGGUACACGCCAUGGAUUCAGACGAAAGGACUCAAUUGCUCCUGGAGUAG